AUGGCAUUUCGGCGAUAUGGCAACUUCAACUUCUUGAUGAGACCACUUGCUCCCGCUCGAAUGGAAGAGGCCAUCUUGAAGCGGUUUCAGGCUCUUGAUGACUCCUCUGGGGUUUUGACCGAGUGGAAGCCUGCUUUUGGGUAUAACAGUCGAGAAGCUGCCCAUUUGAGGGCGUUGGGUCCGGGCGAUACUCCUCAGAGGAACCGACCCAUUGGACCGCGAAUCCCUCACCUCAACGCCAUCGUCCCCAUCGCAACGCUAGCAGCUGCGCUCACGCUCAUUCCAUCAUGGCACCACAGCCUCCCCGGACACGGCUCAACCGAGGAUCCCAAUUUCUGGGUUGCGAUCCAGAGCUCCAUCAUGUUGUGGCUUGGUCUGUUCACAGCCUUGUUGCCGGUCUACAACCGGUAGGUACGUGGAGCGGCGUGGCACUGGUCGAUAAUAUUCACUAUUAUCGGAGCUCUCAGCGCAGGUGCCGCGCCAUCCUGGCAUAUCCAUCUCUCCCUACGUGCUGGAGUGGACUGUUCUCUUUUAUCGGGGCAGCAGUCCAGGCGUAUCUGGCGCUGCAGCUUUGUUUGCUUGCUACUUCACGUAGCGGGCGUGAGAAGAUGGGGUGAGAAGAGGUUGUAUGCCGGGCUCAGGUACCUACCGCUGGAGUCAAAAGCUGGGAGAGGAUAACGAGCAAAUCUAGGGUGCUGACUUUCUCGGAGUGACCCAUUGUUUCAAGGCACCAACUUGUACCUAUGGUUGAAAAUGUUUCGUGGUUUGGGGGACCUGAGAGCACAUCAGACCUCGGUCAUGUGCUCGGCGUUCACAUAGCACCUACCUUACUUGAGGCGGAACGUUAUCCCUCAGCUAAGAGCUGUUCUGAUUAGCUGAUAUAAUGCUCUAGUUAUUUUUUGAAAUUGUGGCUUGUUAUAGUGGGAAUUUGCCCCUGAUGUGCAAUCGGCGAGUUUGAAGAGAUGAUUGGGGCGGUUCUAUGG